AUGCCCUCCUUCACAUGCUCGAAGAAGGGCGCCCUGGCUAUGCUGUCAUGGUCGCUAUUCCUGCUGCUUGGCCCAGCCCUGGCGGCAGCCAAGUCGGCAGCUGAUUACUAUGUGCACUCGCUGCCGGGUGCCCCGGAUGGUCCCCUGCUGAAAAUGCAUGCUGGACACAUCGAAGUCGACCCCGAAAGCAACGGUAAUCUGUUCUUCUGGCACUUUCAGAACCGACACAUCGCCAACCGACAACGUACCGUGAUCUGGUUGAAUGGCGGGCCAGGCUGUAGCUCCAUGGAUGGCGCACUGAUGGAGGUUGGACCCUAUCGACUCAAGGAUGACCAUACCUUGGAGUACAACAAGGGCUCGUGGGAUGAGUUUGCGAACUUGCUCUUUGUUGAUCAGCCCGUCGGUACGGGUUUCAGUUAUGUGAACACAGACAGCUACCUCCAUGAAUUGGACGAGAUGUCUGCCCACUUCAUGAUCUUCUUGGAGAAGUUCUUUGAGCUCUUCCCUGAGUACGAGAGAGACGAUAUCUACAUUGCGGGUGAAUCAUAUGCGGGCCAGCAUAUUCCUUAUAUUGCCAAGGCUAUUAAAGAACGUAACAAGGUUGCUGAGCAAGAUGGCAAAUCCAAGUGGCCUCUUCGAGGCAUCUUAAUUGGUAAUGGCUGGAUCUCUCCAGCCGACCAGUACCCGUCCUACUUUGAGUUUGCUGGACGGGAGGGACUGAUCAAGGAAGGAACUCAGACUUAUCGCCAAGUUGAGGCCUUAAACUCGGUUUGUGUUUCCAAGUUGAACGCUCCUGGUGGCAAGGACUUGGUCAAUAGCAACGAGUGUGAAGAAGUCCUGAAAGGUUUACUACAACUCACUGUCAAGGACAAGAAGUGUACCAACAUGUACGACAUUCGUUUGACGGACAGUUACCCGAGUUGUGGUAUGAACUGGCCUCCGGAUCUGGAGAACAUGACGCCGUAUCUCCGCCGCAUGGAUGUGAUCCAAGCAUUGAACAUCAACCCGGCUAAAAUGUCGGGCUGGACGGAGUGUAGCGGUGCCGUGAGCAGCGCUUUCAUGGCCGCAAAUUCUCGUCCCGCUAUCAAGCUGCUUCCUGGCCUGCUUGAAUCGGGUCUUAGUGUCCUCCUGUUCAGCGGCGACAAGGAUUUGAUCUGCAACCAUAUUGGUACAGAGACUUUGAUUCAUAACAUGAAGUGGCUGGGCGGCACCGGCUUCGAAACGUCGCCUGGAGUCUGGGCUCCUCGUCACGAUUGGACCUUUGAGGGCGAGCCUGCUGGUAUCUACCAGCAUGCUCGCAAUCUGACGUAUGUGCUAUUCUAUAAUUCCAGCCACAUGGUUCCCUUUGAUCAGCCGCGCCAGACCCGCGACAUGCUGGACCGCUUCAUGAAGGUCGACAUUGCCAGUAUUGGUGGUCGGCCGGCAGAUUCUCGUAUUGACGGGGAGAAACUCCCCCAGACCUCCGUUGGGGGCCAUCCCAACAGCACAGCCGCCGAGGAACAGGAGCAGAAGAAGAUGAAGGAGGCCGAAUUAAAUGCCUACGCUAAGUCUGGCGAGGCAAUCCUUGUUGUGGUUAUCAUCGGUGUUACAAUCUGGGGCUUCUUUAUCUGGCGCAGUCGCCGUGCUCACCGAGGCUACCACGGCGUCAAGAAUAACGAGUCUAUGCAUAAUCUCCGUAACUCUGUUCUAGACCGAUUCCAUCACAAGCGCUCCGCGGCUGACAUUGAGGCUGGCGACUUUGACGAGGCUGAAUUGGACAAUCUCCAUUCGCCUGGCCUUGAGCGGGAGCAUUACACUGUGGGCGAUGCGAGUGAAGACGAGGAUGACGAGGCGCAUUCCCCGCAUGCUCGAGGCGCUUAA